GAGAGUAGUCAGGUGUAGCCGAGAGAGAGUGCUCUUAUCGUGGCCGCCGACACACAGAGUCCGCUAUCUGCGACGGAUACGUAGCACCCUGAACAGGGGUUGAACACAUCACGUAGCCGGUCAAACUAUCAUACAGGUGAGCACCACUAUUCAUAAACAUUGGGGGUAGCGCCAAAUUCAUGAUAUUAAUAAUAAACAUUUACAUUUGGAUAUUGUCUUUUAACAAUUACAUGUAUAUACCAUUUAGAGCAAGGGAUGGGCAACUUUGAUGAGGCAACAAAACAUCAGCGGAGAGAACAUUUUGACGUUUUAGAGUUAAAGAUUUUAAGUUAAAGAUUUUGCAAUUCUAUAACUAAUUUCCUGCAAUUCUACACAUUUUGCCAUAGGGUUGAUACAUGUUUGAUGUGUGUGUCUAUAGUACGCCUUGGGGGGAGUGUAUACCCCCCCCAAAAUAUUGGCAUGUUGGAGAUGUGAAGCAAAUAAGAAACAUUAUGGAUGUUACAUGAAAUGGACAAGGUUCUUGGGGAGACUGAACAUAACCCUGAAAAAAGAAUACUGACAAUGGAAAGAGAGAAACCCAGUUGUAGACCAGAUAAAAACUUGCUGGAAGUUAGCUUUACAGAGAAAGUUUCAAGAUUAACCAGUGUAAGGCGUUGACUAACUGUGGUUGUACAUACUGUGGUUGACUUUCCCUCAGAAUCUCUUGGAUAUGAUGGAAAUCAGUAUGUUGACUUCAUUGUUUAAAAAAAAAAAUCCUCAAUACAUUUCAAUGUGUGUUUUGUUAUAGGCUAACUUCCUAGGCAAUAAUAUAUGUAUUUUACAUUUGUCAUAUACAAUGAAUUCAUUCAGUCAUAGAUAGUUAUUGUGUGUAGUUAUAGUGUACUACUUUUGCCCAGGGCCUAAGGAACCCUAUUCCCUAUGUAGUGCACUACUUUUGACCAGGGCCCAUAACGACUUUCUCUUUAUAGUGCACUAAUUUUGACCAGGGUAAUAUAAUGAAGGAUGUAGUGUAUUACCUAAUAAUCCUCUGUUGACCAGGGUAAUAUAAUGAAGGAUGUAGUGUAUUACCUAAUAAUCCUCUGUUGACCAGGGUAAUAUAAUGAAGGAUGUAGUGUAUUACCUAAUAAUCCUCUGUUGACCAGGGUAAUAUAAUGAAGGAUGUAGUGUAUUACCUAAUAAUCCUCUGUUGACCAGGGUAAUAUAAUGAAGGUUGUAGUGUAUUACCUAAUAAUCCUCUGUUGACCAGGGUAAUAUAAUGAAGGAUGUAGUGUAUUACCUAAUAAUCCUCUGUUGACCAGGGUAAUAUAAUGAAGGAUGUAGUGUAUUACCUAAUAAUCCUCUGUUGACCAGGGUAAUAUAAUGAAGGAUGUAGUGUAUUACCUAAUAAUCCUCUGUUGACCAGGGUAAUAUAAUGAAGGUUGUAGUGUAUUACCUAAUAAUCCUCUGUUGACCAGGGUAAUAUAAUGAAGGAUGUAGUGUAUUACCUAAUAAUCCUCUGUUGACCAGGGUAAUAUAAUGAAGGAUGUAGUGUAUUACCUAAUAAUCCUCUGUUGACCAGGGUAAUAUAAUGAAGGAUGUAGUGUAUUACCUAAUAAUCCUCUGUUGACCAGGGUAAUAUAAUGAAGGAUGUAGUGUAUUACCUAAUAAUCCUCUGUUGUUGUUCUCCUCUCUCCUCCACUUUCCUCCUUACUUCCUCCUUGUUGUAUCUCCAUCUCUCCCCUCUCUGUUCUUCCGUCCCACACUUUCCCCUCACAUUCCUCCUCUCUUCUAUGCCUCCCCUCCCCUCUCUCCUCUUCCCCUCACCUUCCUCCUCUCUUCUACGCCUCCCCUCCCCUCUCUCCUCCUCCCCUCACAUUCCUCCUCUCUUCUACGCCUCCCCUCCCCUCUCUCCUCUUCCCCUCACCUUCCUCCUCUCUUCUACAUCUGCUUUUCCCCUCUCUCUCCUAUCCCUCUCCUCUUCUCAACUCCCCCCUGUACCCUUUCUCACCCGCUCCCUUGCUUCCUCCCCCUCUCCAUUCCUCCCGCUCUCCAUAUCACCCCCUCUCCAUUUCACCCCCUCUCCAUUCCUCCCCCUCUCCAUCCUCCCCCUCUCCAUUUCUCCCCCUCUCCAUUUCACCCUCUCCUCCCCCUUUCUCCUCCCCUCGCCACUCUCUCACCUCCCUCCCUCCCUCCCCUCCCUCCCUCCCUCCCUCCCCUCCCUCCCCUCUCUCUCCUCCCCUCUCCCCCACCUCCUCUCUCCCCUCCCCACCAGUAAUAAUGCUACUUGGCAGUGUGUCUGCAUCUCUGAGAUCCAUAGGGGUGGUGCUCAGUUCUGUACCCUGGUCAUGGACCCUGGCGGCUGGGUUAGGACUGUACCUCACCGCGGGGGGAUGGAGGUUCCUCUAUGUGGCUCUACGAACCGCCAAGAGAGACCUAAUGUUAGUAUGGCUGUAGAGAGAGAGGGAGGGAGGGAGGGAGGGAAAGUGGGAGAGAGGCAGGGUGGGGGGAGGAAGGGAGGAGUGGUUGGGUGGGAUGUCUAUCUGUCUGACUUGCUAUCGCCCUCCCUCUCUCCCCCUCCCUCCCUCCCUCCCUCCUCUCUCCUCUCUCCUCUCUCCUCUCUCCUCUCUCCUCUCUCCCCAGCAGAGGUCUAUAUGUGCUGCUGCGUGUUAAAUACUGCAUCCGGCAGCACCUCCGUAACAACAGUACUGUACCUUCCAUGUUUGCCCAUACGGUGGCGCUAUACCCAGACAAGCCUGCGCUGGUCUGGGAGUCUACCGGAGAGGUAUGUUAUAUUAAUUAUAUCAACAACAAACAAAUUAUAGUUUUUACUGUAAAGUGUGAGUCCUGGUGAAAUACACUUUAAAUACAUUGUGAUAUGAUUUACAUUUACAUUGUUGAAUAUACACUACCGUUCAAAAGUUUGGGGUCACUUAGAAAUGUCCUUGUUUUCGAAAGAAAAACAAUAGUUUUGUCCAUUAAAAUAACAUCAAAUUGAUCAGAAAUACAGUGUAGACAUUGUUAAUGUUGUAAAUGGCUAUUGUAGCUGGAAAUGGCUGAUUUUUUUAUGCAAUAUCUACAUAGGCGUACAGAGGCCCAUUGUCAGCAACCAUCAGUCCUGUGUUCCAGUGGCACGUUGUGUUUGCUAAUAUGCCUUUGUUGUAAAUGUUUUGGCGCCAAACUGGUGGCAGCUGUGAAAAAAGUCAACAGUUGGAAGAGUUAAGUGAAAAUAAUGCUAUUGUUGAUAAGAUGCUUUUUUUUCAUUAAUUAGGCUAUUUACUUUUGAACCGUCUGGUCUAUCCACUAGAAACUCAUGGGUAAUAUACAAAAUGAAUAUAUUACACAGAUAUAAAAAAAUUAAUAAUAUACGAAUACAUUCUUUAAACGUUAUUCAAGCAUAAAUUACCAAAGUUAGAAUUGAUUGCCAUAGAUUACCUGUUAGUUACUAAAAUUACAGAAGAUUCGUAUUUUAUCACAGUCAUUGCAAGUAGGCUAUUGGAUUGAGUGGACGUGUAACCAGGCCAGCCUAGCGCAGCUCAGUGUGGCUCGGUUUGGAGCCUAGCGCAGCUCAGUGUGGCUCGGUUUGGAGCCUAGCGCAGCUCAGUGUGGCUCGGUUUGGAGCCUAGCGCAGCUCAGUGUGGCUCGGUUUGGAGCCUAGCGCAGCUCAGUGUGGCUCGGUUUGGAGCCUAGCGCAGCUCAGUGUGGCUCGGUUUGGAGCCUAGCGCAGCUCAGUGUGGCUCGGUUUGGAGCCUAGCGCAGCUCAGUGUGGCUCGGUUUGGAGCCUAGCGCAGCUCAGUGUGGCUCGGUUUGGAGCCUAGCGCAGCUCAGUGUGGCUCGGUUUGGAGCCUAGCGCAGCUCAGUGUGGCUCGGUUUGGUUUCUGUGAAUCAGGCUUAUAUGUAUUGUAGAGAACUCAGGGUGGUGGCCUUGACUGGAACUCCAUGGUUCCAGUGACUGUCCACCCAACACUUUAGCCAUUAACGUCAAGUGAUCUGAACCCCUUGACGAGGUUGCUAGGUGAUGGCCUUAAGGUUCGCUACAGUCUUUUUUAUAUUUGUGAAAUAAAAACAUUUCUUCCUUCAGGUGUGGACCUUCAGGGAGCUGGCAGGGCGAUGCCACCAGGUUGCCCAUUGGGCACGGACACAGGGCUGGGGAAAGGGGGACGUGGUAGCCCUCUACCUGGAGAGUCGCCCCCUAGUGGUGGUGCUGUGGAUGGGCCUGGCGCAGGUAGGCUUUGUUUUUCAUUCAAUUCCAUUUUAAAGUUUAUUUAAUUUUAAUUUACUUUUAUUUAAUAGUAAUUUUAUUUGGAUUUCAAUGUCUCACUUUCUUUUAUACAUUUAUUUAUAGAGGUAUAUCCCAUUGAGAUCACAUAUGUAUUUUACGAGGGAGAACUCUGUUUUGUUCAGUAAAAGUGUUUUGUUAAUGUGAUGUUUUGAAAGCGAUAUUUAAGUAAAGUUUGGUCUGGUUUCAUUGGAGGUGGGUGUGGAAGCGGCCCUCAUCAACUUCAACCUGCGCAGUGAUUCGCUGCUUCACUGUGUGGGUGUGUCCAGAGCGAAGGGGGUGGUGUUUGGGGUGGAGCUAGCAGAAGGUAAGAAGGGAGAAGAGGAGGAGAGGGUUAGGGAGGAGAGGAGGAGA